UGGUGUAGCUCGCUCCCCACUCGCACACUCUCCUCGCUCGCCCCUUUUCGCUUCCAGUUUCUAUAUAACAAAAGCCGAAAAUACCUUAACCCUUCCUCACUCCUCCCGGAUCUAGCACCACCGCCGCGCCGCUGCUGCCCCUUUGCCGUAUCCCGCCCCCCCUCCAAAACCCCGACCAGAUCUUCCGCUCCCGCCACAGAUGGCGGCUGGGUCGCCGCCCAGACCACUGCUGCUGCUCCUGCUGCUCGCCCUCCUCUGCUCCCACAUUGCGCUCUGUUCCUCGGCCGCGCCGGCGGCGAAGCCCAAGCCCAAGCUCUCCGCCGGCCGCAAGGAGCUCGUGUCCUCCUCAGACGACGACGAAGGGGACGAGCCCGUCAAGGCGCCCAAGGCCACCGCGGCGAGCAAGAUCAAGAAGAAGGUCUCCCCCGACGCCAAGAACCAGACCGCCAAGGCUGCUGUCAAAGCCAAGAAAUCGGAGCCGACCUCGACAGCCAAGGUCACCAAGAAGACCACCACCAAAGCGGGCGCCGAUGUGGCCACUGCCAAGCCAAAGGUCCCCAAGCUGGACAAGGCGGCCGCCGCCGCCAAGCUGGGCAAGGGCGCCACAGCCAAGCCGGACAAGGCGACCACCGCCAAGCCCAAGAGCACCGCCGAUUCCACCAAGUCCGCAAAGACGGGCGCUGCCAAGGCGGUCAAGCCGGUGAAAUCCGAGGGAGGCGCCUCGAAGCCGAAGAAGCCGUCCAAUUCCACGGCGGAUGCGGGUGCCAAGCCGGCGGCCAAAUCGACCACCAAGAAGGCGAAGGUGGUCGCCGAUGUGAAGGCGAACACAACAGCCGUGAGCAAGGAGGCGGCGGCGGGGGUGGAGGAGGACGUCGUGCUGGCGGAGGAGGCGGAGGGGACGGAGGACCUCAUGUCCGAGAUCCGGGGCCUUCCGACGCGGCUGCACGAGACGCUCAUGCCGGACCUGGCGCGCCUCUCCUACACGUCCAAGGCGUACCUGUCGGCCGCCAACACGGGGAUCGCCGGCAGCGUGCGGCCCAUCCUGGGGGGCCGGUGGGCGGCGGCUGCGGCGUCCGCGGCGUCGGUGGCCCUGCUCCUGCUGCCGCUCUUCAUGCUCACCGCGCUGGUGCGGCGCCUCGGCCCCUACCUGCCGCUCCUCCACCGCGCGCUGCUGCUCUCGCAGGCCUACCUCGCCAUCUACUUCGCCACGCUCGCGCUCGCGGCCGCCGCCACGGGGCUCGAGCCGCUCCGCUUCUUCCACGCCGCCUCGCCCGCGGCGUACGCCUGGACGCAGGCCGCGCAGUCGCUCGGCUUCAUGGGCUACCUGGUGCUCCAGAUGGUGGACCUCGUCGCCAUCUUCUCCGGGGCCGCCGCGCCGGAGGAGGACAGCGGCGCGGAUGCCACCAAGGCGCUCGGACUGGCGCAGAUGGUGGUGGGGCUGGCCGUCGGCCUUCACUACUACGCCGCCGUGUUCCACCGCGCCGCCGCCGGCGAGGCCCCGCGCGCCAACUGGCGAGUGUACGCGGUCUACGCCGCGUGCUUCGUCAUCGUAUGCGCGUGCGCGCGCGCCGAGAAGAGGAAGAAGGCCUACCUCCCCGGCAGCGACGGCGCCGACGAAGAGUGGAAGAAGAGCUGAGCCCAUGGAAAACCUUCUUAGGGGCUUAUGUGCAAACUUUACGAUAUAGGGAAAGCCGAAGGGCAUAUGGGUGUAACAAGGCUGCAAAUUUAGCAAGGAGGGAAAAUUGGAAGAUUGAUGAGAAGAGGAGGAAAUGACUAUUGAGUUUUA